UACUUGAAAUUUCAUAAGGUCAAGAGAAAUAUUCAAGAUGUAUUGCCUAAUAAGUUUCCUAUUGCUAGUAAAUUUCUCUUUGGUUUCGGCAAAAGUGACCAGUUCUCCGCCAGUCUUGAUCUGGGGCGCUGAUACUCCUAAAGGUACGAGUGUGUUUCGUCCUGUUACUUCUGAGCAGUUCAACAAGAUAAUAAAAAACCUGGAGAAGGACAAUAUGAUAGUGAUGUACCUAGCCUCUGAGCUGGCUGCCAAGGAUAUAAACUGUGAGGCGUGCUUUCCCUACAUAAGUAAAAUUCAGCCCAUGAACUACUACAGCCAGGUGGAAGAGCCUCUGGAGGCCGUUGAACGGUUUCGUGGGAGAACCAGUCGGAUUACCUGGCACCACCCAGUCAUCACGGAUAUAAGGAAACUGGAGGUGGAAAUGGAGCUGCCUUGUGAAAAAGGCAAGAUACACGCCUUCAGUUUUAACGAUCGCAAUGUCCUUGCACAUGACGCUGCCAUGGCCGUGGCAACCUAUCAGUUCAGCGAUUGCCCCGUGGUUCAUGUCUAUACGGCUUAUACGGAGGAAGACCAGGCCUACCAGCGUCGUAAAGCCUACAAGAGUCGUCCACUGUCCAAAACAACGGAGCCAUCAAAGAACUCGGGUGGAGCAUCAAAUGGAUCUGAUACCGGGUUCCACCGUGGCUAUAGUAUUAUUGAUAAUAGGACCGUUCUGCGUCACGAAAUUGUUGUCUUAUCCUUUCGAGAAAUCCUGAUGGCAACAAUGGAGCGGAGAGGACGUUUGACCCCCGUCAAUCGAACGGAGAUAACCCUCACCUAUGGGAGGGAGGACAUCCAAGUGGGCUUCCUCAACGGCCACGACAUGAUCGAUGGCGUCGUUUUCUUUCUGGACACAAGCAUCGGUCCUCUACUUAUGGAGUUUGUUCCAUCGAAUGGCAACUGGUUUUUUACCCGCAUCGUCGCCGGAAAUUCCUCUCACUACCCCCGUGACCUCAUAUUCUUCGGUUAUGAAUUCAGUCUUUGUUGCACGGACAUCACGGUCUAUGCUUUGGAAGCGGUGCGACUAACUUUCUUCGACUUUUACCUGGACAUCAUUUUAGAAGAUACGAAUAGCGGCAAGGACGAGAAGUAUGAGGUGAAGCCCUGCUGGUCAUGUUCUACGCUUAUGUCGCCGAGCUUGGCGCAGUCCAUAUUCGUAGUACUGAUCCUCGUAGGGAUACUUUGGAGCGGCAUGUCUAUGCUACUUGCCAUUGGCCAGAACUCACACCUCCAGAAAGCCAGCGAUCCUGACCUGCACAUCAAGACGGAUACCUAGAACUUUGGUGUCAACCCUUGUCCACACUCUUUGAUGCACAUGCGGCAUAGUAGUCUACACAUUCUGCUAAUUCACUUGCUUACAAUUCUAUUCGCAUGGGGUUGCGAAUGGUGGGGGUGUGGGUCGGGGCUGGGGGUUAGAGAUCGUAAUAAUAAUGUCAUUGUCGCGUUCUUUUAUUGUUCGCUUUGUAUUGUAUUGCGGCUGAAGUCUCCACUGAUCCCCACUCUCUCCACGAAGAAAACAAAGAGGUCCGAUAAGCCAUAGUACACAGAUAUGUCCAAAAAUAUUUGAUAUGCACGUGGGCCAGAGCAGCGAUGAGAGAACCGAUUGUUCCCGCCCUCGGCUUUAUGGCCUGAUAAAGCU